UCGGAAUCACGUGACUUAUUGCGCAACAAAAGUAACCAUAUUGAAUGUAGGGAAAACAAAUCAUUACACCUUAACGCAAAGAUAAGAAAGCGCUUGUAAUAAUGUCGUUCAAUUAUUUUGAAAGUUUAUCAAAAGAAGCAGCAGAAAGAUAUCAGCGAAAAUUAAGUCUUUUAGGAUUGGACAAGUGUCCAUAUAAGUAUCCGGCUGAUUCUUGGACUGAAGAUCCAAGUCAAUGGCCUUCCUUAAGUUAUCAUAAUCUAUAUCAAUACCUGAUUAAGACUCCAUGCAUCUAUUCUCCAGAAGCUAUGGAAAACUACAAGUCAUUGGAGGCUUGGAGGUUCUUUCAAGAAGGUUGGGUGCAAACUGUUGUCCAUAUGAAGAUAAGUCAAGAUAUCAUGAUCUUAAAAUGUGAUGUUAGACCUUCUUACAGAACCACAUCCCCUAAUCAUAAACCUUGGAUUGCUCUUGGUUUACUUGGUAAUGUAGUGACUGCUCACUGUAAUUGUAUGGCCGGCCUUGGUGAAACAUGCUCACAUGUAGCUGCAACAUUAUAUAAAGUUGAAGCUGCUGUUCGCAUUGGAAUGACAUCAUCCACACCAACUGAUUUACCAUGUCAAUGGAAUCAAACAUUUGUAAAAAAUAUUGUUGGUUCCCCAGUUUCUCAAAUAAAUUUAUAUUCUGAUGCUGCUAAAGAGAAACUUACAGGAAAAAGAACUAGGAAAAUGCCUGUUUCUCCAACAAAUAUUGAAAAAUAUCAGUUUUUGUCAGAAUUGAAAAGUGUACAGCCCAAAACAGCUGCUCUCAGUUUGUUUAAAGAUUUUGAUACUGAAUUUAUACACUUAGAAUCUACUGUUGUAGCAAAAUUGCCUUUAUCUCUCAGAAAUUUUUUCAAUGCAAACUAUAAAUCUCUAGAUAAUGAACAGUUAAAUUCUUUUUUUGAUGAGAAAAUAAAAGAUUUAAAAUUAAAUUCUGAUGACAUUGUCUAUGUUAAAGAAGCAACUCGAAAUCAAUCUUUGUGUGAUUCUUGGUAUCAGGUACGAGUCGGACGAAUAACUGGUUCUACUUUGUAUCAAGUUUUUCAUGCUAGAGUUGAGACACCACCUAAAUCUUUAAUUUUAAAUAUUUGUUCAGAAAAGAAUAUAACAAUAAAAAGUCCUCCAAUUGUGUGGGGAAGAGAAAAUGAGGAAAAUGCAUUGACUUUAUAUACCCAACUUUAUUCAGACUGUAAUGAAGCUCAUAACUUAUUGGCACUUUCAGACAUUGUCAUCCAUCAAAAUUUAAAAGUUGAAAAAUUAGGGCUUUGCAUCGACUAUGAAAAACCAUGGUAUGCAGCAUCUCCUGAUGCUUCUGUGUAUUGCACUUGUUGUGGACAUGGAGUUUUAGAAAUCAAAUGCCCUUUUAGUUUAAAAGACAAAUCUUUGAAAGAAGAAAUACUGAAAGAUGUUUUUUAUGUAGGAUUAAAUACGGAUGGGAAAUAUUUUUUACAAAAACAGCACACAUAUUUUUUCCAGGUUCAGCUUGAAAUGAGAGUUACUGGAGUGAGCUAUUGUGAUUUUAUGGUAUGGACACCCAGUGAGUUUAUAGUUUUACGUAUUGAACCUGACAUUAGUUUUAUGGAAUCGGUGUUUAAUAAAUGUGAUGUUUUUUGGAAUAGAUUUAUUUUGAGGGAAUUAGUAACAAGAGAAGUUGAAUCAGGGAUGAAAUUGCCCUCCUCUACAUUAACAGAAACCAUAAAUAAUGAUGAUAAUGUUUUUUGUAUUUGCAAAUCUAAAAGCUCAGAAAAUGAUGAUACAAUGGUCGGCUGUGAUUCAUGUGAUAAUUGGUUUCAUCUUAAAUGUAUAUCUUUGAAAUCUGUGCCAAGAUCGUCUGUAUGGUAUUGCAAUAGCUGUAAAAACAAGAAAAAGUCUGCACACAAAAACAAACCAAUACAUUAAUGGAGUAGUAUUAAUGCUAUUCUCCUUAUCAUUUUCAUGAUAUUUGUUGUUAACAUUAUUAUGCUCAGAAAUGGAAUGGAAAAAUCAUAAUUUGAGGUGAAAUAAAGAAUAUCCCAUUUUUAAAAAACGGCUAUUUUCAUAGCCACAUAUUAUUAAAAACAUUAAAGCAUAUGAUAUAAUAUUGAAAAAAACUGUUACAGAUUAAUAGAUAAUCAAA